AUGGGGGAGCACACUGUAAUUAUAGAGAGGGCAUCUUCUUCACCGCUUCAGGGAGGACUCAAACAAUACCUGCCACUGUAUAAAGCUAUACUGAAACGCAACUUGGAAUAUGUAAAACGGCUAUGUGAACUGGAUAAACGAGCGUUAGAAGCCAGGAUCACGGUGAACUUGGACACAGCUCUUCAUGUAGCAGUCGGAACAGGCAAGGUGAAUCAUAUUGUGAAGUAUCUAUUGACAAAGAUGUCAAAAGAUCAACUAAAACUGAAAAAUAAAGAUGGCAACACGGUUCUCUCUAUUGCUGCGAUUGUUGGCAACGUUAAAGCGGCCAGGGAGAUAGUGAAGAUACAGCCAGAGUUAAAUAAUGUUGCAAAUGAUUGUGAGAUAGUACCUUUGAUUGAAGCUGCUCGAAAUGGCCACAAGGAGAUGAUUAAAUAUUUAAUGCAAUUCAACAGAGAUAUAUUUAAGUCUGGCGGGGAAUGUGAUUCUAUACAUGGUGUUUCUUUCGUGAAUUUGCUUAUAGACGCUGCAUUUUAUGACUUGGCACUAGAAUGGGUUAAAGAUAAUCGAAGUUUAGCUACAACGGAGCUAGACACUGGUGAGACUCUUUUGAGUGCGAUGGCAAGAAAGCCGUCAGCAUUUCCAAGUGGAAGAAUGGAUAGUUAUGUCAUUGUUGAGUUUGUUCAAUUUGCAGUAUAUGCAAUCUUGGUAACGGAAAAGGUAAACACAGCACGGAUAUAUAACAAAGUACGUGAACUUGUCGAACUCUUGUGCAAGGAAAUUACGACAGACUAUGAAAGAGCUUCCUCAAUGCUAAAACGGCCAUUCCUUUUAGCGGCGGAAUCGGGGGUUCACGAAGUUGUGAAAGUGAUUAUAGACGUGUUUCCUGAUGCAAUCUGGUUUGUAGAUGCAGAAAAUCGUAAUGCAUUGCAGUUGGCAGUCAUGAACCGUCGCGAGAAAGUAUUCAACCUCAUAUAUGAAAUGAGCGAUUAUACACAUCUGCUAUUGAUGUCUAAAGAUAAUUUUGGGAACAAUGUCUUGCACUUGGCUGGAAAAUUAGCACCACAAAAUCAAUUCUGUGGUGCAGCACUACAGACGCAGCAUGAGUUACAGUGGUUUAAGGGAAUAGAGAAAAUUGUACAGCCUGCCUAUAAGAAGGAUAAAAAUUAUGAAGAAAAAACUCCAGCAAUGGUUUUUACCGAGGAGCAUGAGGAGCUUGUUAAAGAAGGUCAGAAAUGGAUGAAGGAUGCAGCAUCCUCCUGCACAGUAGCAGCUGCACUGAUUGCCACAAUUGUAUUUGCAGCAGCAAUCACAGUACCUGGUGGAACCGACGAUGAUGGCCGGCCAAUUUUGUCCAAUGAAAACAGUUUCGGCAUAUUUUAUAAUACAAAUUCAUUCUCUCUAUACACAUCAAUUGUGUCCAUACUUAUUUUCUUGUCCGUUCUCACUUCACGCUUUAACGAAGCUGAUUUUCUUUUUGUCUUGCCGACGAGGUUUGGUUACGGUCUUUUUAUGCUUCUCUGCUCUCUAGUAUCGAUGAUGAUAACCUCUGCUAUGACCGCUUCUCUGAUGAUUUCUGUGAGAAGGGGAGCAGGCAUUACUUUAGUGGCUAUAGUGAUUGCUUUUUGUGCACAGAUGUUUACACAUACGCAAUUUCCUCUCCUGAUGGAACUGAUGUUCUUCACUCGAGGCCCCAGCAUCUACCGCAAUAAAUGCACGCAUCUCUAUAGGGAUUUAAAUUAG